AUGCUGCCAUCUGGGCCCGUCAAGGGGUCGCAUCUGAGGCAUGUGAGCGCCACCAGCAUCGAGACAACUUCGACGAGGACAACUAUUCCGCCCCAGGAGUCCGUAUCUGGAACCCCGGACGCAGAUGACAACAAUCAGUCACCCACGGGACUCGGCAGUCGCCCUUGUUUACUCUGGGUCCACGAUGAUAACUUUUCGAGAGAAGAGGUGCUUUUUAACCUUAGCGCUUUCGGCGAUGUAGGACUGAAGGUGGGAGAUCUCGUUGAACUUUCGGUCCCGCGACCAUUUCAAGGGGAUCACCAUGUGUCCUCCCAUACACUGGAUCCGAGUGAGAGAGCGCCACGAGAUGCAGGUGAUUCUGACACUGGCUCUAAUUCAGCUGCAAAGCGUAGUGGAGACCACAAGUCUUAUUCUCCAACUCAAAGAAGAUUUCUAUUUCUUGUCAAGCCUUUGUCUGCAGACAUCAAGGCGAGACAUCCGAACCUGCAAAUUUCAAUUGCAAGUAAUAUAGCCAAUAUCUUUGGAUUUAAGAACCAUUCUCAAGCUCUGAUAUCUUUGAAGGAUCGGUCACAGUGCACUGCUUCUCAUGUUGAGCUGAUUUUUCGAGAUCAGUUUUCGGUGCGGGCUGAUAUGUGGAGAUUGACCAUGUCAGAGCUCGCAGAUAAACCUCUAUAUAAAGGACAGAAGAUUGUUUUUAUGGGAAGCAUCAAGGUAACCAUUAAGUCCAUUUAUAUCGGCGGCAAAAAGGUUCUAUCAGGGUACUUUUCCCCGCAAACCAUACCCGUUUUUCGGAGUGAAUCUGCUCGAUACGUUCUCUUUAUUCAAAUGUCCAAAGAGAUGUGGGAUUUUGAUUCUGAAGGAACUGGUGAUAUCCUUUUUAGCAGGGUUAUCAAUAGCCUUCUCCCGGAGCUCUUCAAGCGAUGGGCUAGCAUUGAUGCUCACCACCUUGUUACCAUCGUUUUAUUUACCAGAGUCCAGUAUGAAUUGAUAACGGCAGAUAACGCGAGGUUUCCGUCUAACAAUGGCUUCUUUAAGCAAACUGCGAGUGAUGCCCAGCCGGAAACUCGGGAUUUCUACCGCGUCGUGGUUAACGACAUGCCCAGCGGCAACUGGACGACUAUCUUAGAUGAAUUGAAGAAGGAAUUUAGAAUCUUUCUCCGCGACGUAUCUAUUCCCCAAUCAACUUUUCCGGACUCACCCACAGCGUCAGAGGACGAGUUACCAGCAGAUCCAAAUCCCCCCCCAGCAAUAUCUGGAAGGCCAACCUCAGCCCUCCGUGGGAAUAUUUUGGAAGCAAUUAAUAUAGCAUCGUCUUACUUAGCAUUUGAGCAUAUCGGUCGUGACAUGAUCAGGACAGGCACCUCCAUCGUUGUCAUAUCUCCUGGGGCAGGGGUAUUUGAAGUAGCUUACGACGCCCUGGCGUUGACUUCAGAGGUUCUCACUAGCCGUGCUAUUGGGAUUGACUUAAUAUGUCUGAGCCCCAUGCCGCUACAUUCAGUUCCUUUAUUUAAAUAUCGCAUUCCCAGAAGCGGUGCAUCGAGGCCAGGUAGUUCCGUCUCCAGGGAUUUUCUCCGCCCAUUGCCUCCGUACUCUCACGAAUCACCUGGAAGUUUUUCCUAUGGAGUCAGUCGUCGUCGUUCAUCAAAUACCACUUUGGGAUCUUUUCUACAACCGGCCCAUUUUGUUGAUGAAUGGGCUUAUGGUGUUCCUCAUUGGCUUGACAUUUCCUACUGGGAUCUAAAAAUUUAUCGUGAUAGCCGGACUGCCGUGAAUACAGUCUUAAAGUCGUCAGUCUCUGGAACAAAGGAAAAGCAAUCGAAUACAUUUGUUCCGCGAGUUAGGAUGUAUGAGAUUCAGAUGAUGGGUGUUAUGGAAAGUGAACAGUCCAAUAUCUCUGUACCGUACCUGUCCGCUGCUGAUCUCCGCCUUCAAAAAGGCCUGGGUCACAGCCUAUCUCCGCGGGGAUCUCCUCAUAACCCUAAUUUCUCAGAUAAUGGAUCGGGAUCCUUCAUGUCAUCCUUCAGAGACUCGAAAAGGAAUAUUCUAUCCGUUCCUGCGAGGCAAAGAAAAAUGCUGGAGUGGAUGGACCUUUAUGAUAGCGCCAUCUUCCAUGUUACACCGAAACACCAAACGGUGCGACGACCUACAAAAGCCAAGCGGGUUGAUUUUGGCACCUCAGCGCCUCGAUUCUACGAACAACAGUCUGUCAGACCUUCGUCGAGUUCAAAGAGUGGCAGCAAUCCUCCUACAAGCCCUCGUAAAAAUGGUAUGCGACCUGAUUACGGACAUUCAGACGCUCAGAAUCCUCCCGUUGAACUGAUGCCCGUCAAAAAAUCAAGCAUGAAAUCAGGAGCGAAACUGACUGUACCACGGAUCUCUCGUUCGAUUAGCUUUGCUUUGCGUGGCCUAGGAUCGGCUCCUCCCAGAGCAAUUGCAAGUACAGAAAUCAAUAAUGAGCAUGCAAAGGGUCUGUCCACCACAAGCAUGAAAUCUCUUAAUGGAGAAAUCGAACAAGCUUUGAAUGCGGACGUCAAUUUACCCGCAUCAGAUACUAUUCCUAGCCCAACUACCAUUGUCAAAAAGUCUCCCCAUAUAAAUAUUACGACUUCUAGGGAUGACAAAAAUGUCAUUCCGUCAAAACCAAUUUCAAUCCGAAUUGCAAGCAAAAAGCCAAUCGAAGAACAUAGUAUGGAGCCUCAAGGUCUUGACAUCUCCUUUUCGACCCCCACCAUAGGUGUUCCCUACUAUCGUGGAACGAAUGAGGAAGUCCAUGGGCCAUUUCCAAUGACACGGGGAGUUCGUAAAUUCGAUUCAACACAUAAUGCAAACCAGGAUGACCCAACUAUUACUCUAUCUCCGAUAAAGGCACUAUCGCCAUGGAUAUUACCCGUCAACCCCUGCAAACCACCGAAUCAUGGUCCCACACUAUCCAUCUGGUUUGGUCGUUGGCGGCACGUCUACCCGCGCAUGCAAGGCACUUCAUCUAUGAAAUGGAAAAGCCUGAAAUCGCCAGCAUUUCUCCCACUGACAACAGAGGAGUUUCCAACGAGUGAAGAACUGGCUUCCCAGUACUUUCAGACUCCAUACAGAGUAUACCAGAAUGAUGAAUCCGAUGUCGCAGAAACUCCCAGAACUCGGGAGGCCCUCUUGCGAGAAAUGGUGGCUUUGCGCCUUUCUCACGGUUUCCAAAUCGUUGUUGGAAAAGCAGUGGAGGAGGCAUCAGGGCAGCAUUCAUCGGAACCGCUGAAUAUAUUCGACACCCGAUCCUUAUCACAAGAUGGGGUGACUAUUUUCAUGUCUAUGGGCAACAUCAUUCAUAGGUUAGUUUGCGUGACUGGAGGGGAAAUAGAAGUCACACGGUUUACACGGAAAACGGUGACCAGCCUUCUUGCUGACGCGCAGGCUCUUUCACUCAACUACACGCCUGUUGUCAAAACAAUAUUGAGUGCAAACUAUUGCAAAAAUACUAUAAGUUUGCAGUUGCCGCAAGAAGAUUGUAACUGGAAUUAUGCAGAUGCAUUUCUGGCAGGUUACAGGGACCACAUAACUAAUUGUACGGAACAACUGCGUUUUUGGCGCACGCGUUUUGUUCUGAUACCAGUCCAACUACCUGCAAACGCAAGACGUCCAAUGCAAUCAUAUAAAGAGGACAACGAAGAAGAAAUCCAUCUUCUUGGGAUUACCCAACUCACUCAGAUAUGGCAAAGGCAGAGAUAUGUUCCCCCAGAGGAAAAACGACUCCAGCCACCAACGAAUAAAAAAGACUUGAACCCAUUGAAUAUUAUAUAUCAGACGAGCAACCCGUCUGAGGUAGUUGCUGCAGAACUUGAUAGGCUAUUACUGGACGAUCCAGGUCUUGAUAGCACAGCAGUGCAGCUUCUACCGGAGUCUGAAUUACUUCAAAGAUCCAACAUUGGCCUUUCCGCUUUGGCGCAGGCUAUACAGGGCGAAAAAGGGGUGAGAAUGAUGGAUCGAAGAUGGCAUUGGCGCCUUCAUUAUAAUUGCUUUGUUGGACUGGAGUUCACUACGUGGAUGCUUCAAAAUUUCCGCGAUAUCGAUGCCCGUGAGGAAGCUGUUGAAUUUGGUAACGAGUUGAUGAAACACGGCCUAAUUUGUCAUGUUCAGCGGCGUCAUAAUUUCAGGGACGGCAACUAUUUUUAUCGAAUUACCGACGAAUAUCGAGUGGCACGGCCGGAAUCUCGGAGUAGUUGGUUCCAAGCUCGCAAAUCCAUUCCAAAUACGCCCAUGACAGAUAACGUAAAGGAUCUGCCUUCAACUGGUCAAGAAAGGCUUGAGAAGAGCUCUGCGGAAUCUGGCAUUUGGGAGGAAACGCCUACUCCGAACAAGCCUACUCGAACGAAAGCCUCGGUGUGCCUGUCAAAGUCAAUGAAGAUUGAUAUCGACCCUCGUAAGCGAUCGAACCGCCCUGAAAUAAUCGACCUCCAUUACGAUCGCUUGCACAAUCCGGAUAAUUGCUUUCACAUAGAACUAAGCUGGAUGAACGCAACACCCAAGUUGGUGGAAGAUUCAAUUGUUUCAUGGGCAGGAACUGCAGAGAAGUUUGGCCUAAAAUUAAUCGAGUUACCAAUAUCUGAAGCCUCCUCUAUUGUCGAAACUCAAGUUUUCAGGCGUCCGUACCCAGUGAAGUUAGCGAUUGAGCCUCCAGAAGGCCCUCAAGCCACCCUUUAUAAUUCUACCUCUUUCGCAUCUCAAGGCGCCGUCGACCGUCACUUUUACCAUAAGGCAAUCUUGAAGAAAUUCGAUUUCGUCUUAGAUUUCGAAGCCGCCAGUGCAUUCCCUCCUGAUGUAAAUGUAUCUUAUUCUUGGGGGCGACCCGACUAUUGCCUCCCACAAUAUGUCCACCGGUCGGGCGCUAUCCUCGCCCAAAUAACAGACGACGGCUGUUUCCUCUUCCUUGCCAACAGGCUCUAUAGCAUUCGAGGUUCCGCCGCCAAAGAAUCCGGCCGGUAUGAUCGAAACGAUUUUUACCGCCCGCGCUCUGCUACCUACGAUACCUUAGACCGCACUGGAUCACCGCAUUUAUCGCCUGUCGUUCGCGCAGCAGUUGACACCACAUCGGCUGCACCUCCCCAAACCGAACUCCAUUCCUCUUACCAGCUGACAAAGGAGAUCGGGGCUGAGAUCAAAGCAUUCUGUGGUGAUGCGGAGAAGUUAGAGAGGUUUUUCGAGGAAGCGUCAGUCAACGCGAAACACGCUUCAUCCAAGUUUAGCCCAACCAUUCCGUCCAUGACGGAUUCGUCGAUUCCUACCUUGGAAUUACCAGCAAGCCUUGUUGAAACACAUGUUUCUCCCCCACAGAUUCCAGAUGUCCAGCAGGCUGGUGAGGAGUCGACUUGA